GGGGGGGGUGGGGGGCAGGCGGCCGCCAUCUUCUCACCGAGGCCGCCUCGCCCGCCGCGCGCACCCGUCCGGCAGCGCACGGGUUAAGGCUGGCACCGCGCCCGGCGGGAGGGGGGCGCCCACCUCCCCUCCCCCCCCGCGCCGGGCAUGCGGGGCCCGCUGGGCACCGAGGAGGAGCUGCCGCGGCUGUUCGCCGGGGAGAUGGAGAACGAGGACCAGAUGUCAGAGGAAGAAGAUGGGGGCCUGGAUGGCUUCGAGGAUUUCUUCCCUGCCGAGCCCCUGAGCCUUCCCAAGAAGAAGAAAUCCAAGAAGCCCAAGGAGAACAGAUCCAAGGGAAAACGGAAGAAGAAGGAGGGGAGCAAUGAUGAGCUGUCGGAAAACGAGGAGGAUCUGGAAGAGAAGUCGGAGAGCGAAGGCAGCGACUACUCCCCCAAUAAAAAGAAAAAGAAGAAAGUCAAGGACAAGAAGGAGAAAAAAGCCAAGCGGAGACGGAAGGAGGAGGAGGAGGAGGAGAAUGACGACGGAUGCCUAAAGGAGCCCAAGUCCUCGGGGCAGCUCAUGGCUGAGUGGGGCCUGGAUGACGUGGACUACCUGUUCUCAGAGGAGGACUACCACACGCUGACCAACUACAAGGCCUUCAGCCAGUUCCUCCGGCCGCUCAUUGCCAAGAAGAACCCCAAAAUCCCCAUGUCCAAGAUGAUGACUGUGCUGGGCGCCAAGUGGCGUGAGUUCAGUGCUAACAACCCCUUCAAGGGCAGCUCUGCGGCGGCAGCGGCGGCGGCUGUGGCGGCGGCUGUGGAGACGGUCGCGAUCGCCCCUCCGCUGGCUGUCAGCCCCCAGCAGGUGCCCCAGCCUGUGCCCAUCCGCAAAGCCAAGACCAAGGAGGGCAAGGGGCCCGGGGUGAGGAGAAAGGCCAAAGGCUCCAAAGACACGAAGAAGAAAGGCAAGGGCAAGAAGGCGGCCGGGCUCAAGUUCCGCUUCGGAGGGAUGGGCACCAAGAGGAAGAAGGGCUCCUCGAGUGAGGAGGACGAACGGGAGGAGUCGGAUUUUGACAGCGCCAGCAUCCACAGCUCCUCCGUGCGCUCCGAGUGCUCUGCGGCCCUGGGCAAGAAGAGCAAGAGACGGCGCAAGAAGAAGACGAUUGACGAUGGCGAUGGCUACGAGACGGACCACCAGGACUACUGCGAGGUGUGCCAGCAGGGAGGGGAGAUCAUCCUGUGUGACACCUGCCCCCGGGCCUACCACCUGGUCUGCCUGGACCCAGAGCUGGAGAAGGCUCCCGAGGGCAAGUGGAGCUGCCCACACUGUGAGAAGGAGGGAAUCCAGUGGGAGCCCAAGGAGGACGAGGAGGAGGAGGAGGAUGGCGGCUGCGAGGAGGAGGAGGACGACCACAUGGAAUUCUGCCGCGUGUGCAAGGACGGUGGGGAGCUGCUGUGCUGCGACGCCUGCCCCUCGUCCUACCACCUGCACUGCCUCAACCCGCCGCUGCCUGAGAUCCCAAACGGUGAAUGGCUCUGCCCGCGCUGUACUUGUCCCCCUCUGAAGGGUAAGGUGCAGCGGAUCCUGCACUGGAGGUGGACGGAGCCGCCAGCCCCCUUCAUGGUGGGCCUGCCAGGCCCGGAGCUGGAGCCGGGUGUGCCCCGGCCCAAGCCUCUGGAGGGCAUCCCGGAGAGGGAGUUCUUCGUCAAGUGGGCUGGGCUCUCCUACUGGCACUGCUCCUGGGUGAAGGAGCUGCAGCUGGAACUGUACCACACCGUGAUGUACCGCAACUACCAAAGGAAGAAUGACAUGGAAGAGCCGCCGCCCUUCGACUACGGCUCCGGGGAGGAGGACAGCAAGAGCGACAAGAGGAAGGGCAAGGACCCCACCUACGCCAAGAUGGAGGAGCGCUUCUACCGCUACGGGGUCAAGCCCGAGUGGAUGAUGGUACACCGCAUCCUGAACCACAGCUUCGACACAAAGGGCGACGUGCGCUACCUGAUCAAAUGGAAGGACCUGCCCUACGACCAGUGCACCUGGGAGAUUGACGACAUUGACAUCCCAUACUACGACAACCUCAAGCAGACCUACUGGGGCCACAGGGAGCUGAUGCUGGGGGAAGACAUGAGGCUGCCCAAGAGGCUGGUGAAGAAGGGCAAGAAGCUGAAGGACGAUAAACAGGAGAAGCCGCCAGACACACCUGAGGUGGAUCCCACGGUCAAGUUCGAUAAGCAGCCAUGGUACAUCGACUCCACGGGCGGCACCUUGCAUCCGUACCAGCUGGAGGGCCUGAACUGGCUGCGCUUCUCGUGGGCUCAGGGCACCGACACCAUCCUGGCUGACGAGAUGGGGCUGGGCAAGACGGUGCAGACCAUCGUAUUCCUGUACUCCCUGUACAAGGAGGGCCACUCCAAGGGGCCGUACCUGGUCAGCGCUCCACUGUCCACUAUCAUCAACUGGGAGCGUGAGUUUGAGAUGUGGGCACCCGACUUCUACGUGGUCACCUACACGGGGGACAAGGAGAGCCGCUCCGUGAUCCGCGAGAACGAGUUCUCCUUCGAGGACAACGCCAUUCGCAGUGGGAAGAAGGUGUUCCGCAUGAAGGCAGAGGUGCAGAUCAAGUUCCACGUCCUGCUCACCUCCUACGAGCUCAUCACCAUUGACCAGGCUAUCCUGGGCUCCAUUGAGUGGGCCUGCCUCGUGGUGGACGAAGCCCACCGGCUCAAGAACAACCAGUCCAAGUUCUUCAGGGUCUUAAACAGCUACAAGAUUGAUUACAAACUACUGCUGACGGGAACCCCACUGCAGAACAACCUGGAGGAGCUCUUCCACCUCCUCAACUUCCUGACACCAGAGAGGUUUAACAACCUGGAGGGCUUCCUGGAGGAGUUUGCUGACAUCUCCAAGGAGGACCAGAUCAAGAAGCUGCAUGACCUGCUGGGGCCCCACAUGCUCCGGCGGCUCAAGGCUGAUGUCUUCAAGAACAUGCCGGCCAAGACCGAGCUGAUCGUGCGUGUGGAGCUGAGCCAGAUGCAGAAGAAGUACUACAAGUUCAUCCUUACACGCAACUUCGAGGCACUCAACUCGAAAGGCGGUGGCAACCAGGUGUCGCUGCUCAACAUCAUGAUGGACCUGAAGAAAUGCUGCAACCACCCCUACCUCUUCCCUGUGGCUGCCGUGGAGGCCCCUGUUCUGCCCAACGGCUCCUAUGACGGAAGCUCCCUGGUCAAGUCCUCCGGGAAGCUCAUGCUGCUGCAGAAGAUGCUGAAGAAGCUGCGCGAUGAGGGCCACCGUGUGCUCAUCUUCUCCCAGAUGACCAAGAUGCUGGACCUGCUCGAGGACUUCCUGGAGUACGAGGGCUACAAGUAUGAGCGCAUUGAUGGCGGCAUCACGGGGGGCCUGCGGCAGGAGGCCAUCGACCGCUUCAACGCACCCGGCGCCCAGCAGUUCUGCUUCCUCCUGUCCACCCGUGCGGGCGGCUUGGGCAUCAACCUGGCCACAGCUGACACGGUCAUCAUCUAUGACUCGGACUGGAACCCGCACAAUGACAUCCAGGCCUUCAGCCGUGCCCACCGCAUCGGGCAAAACAAGAAGGUGAUGAUCUACCGCUUUGUGACGCGGGCCUCUGUGGAGGAGCGCAUCACGCAGGUGGCCAAACGCAAGAUGAUGCUCACGCACCUGGUGGUGCGGCCCGGCCUCGGCUCCAAGUCGGGCUCCAUGACCAAACAGGAGCUGGACGACAUCCUCAAGUUCGGCACCGAGGAGCUCUUCAAGGACGACGUGGAGGGUAUGAUGUCUCAGGGCCAGAGGCCUGCCACACCCGUCCCUGAGGUCCAGUCCUCCAAAGGGGGGGCCCUGGCCGCAGGCGCUAAGAAGAAACAUGGCAGUACCCCCCCAGGUGACAACAAGGACGUGGAGGACAGCAGUGUGAUCCACUAUGACGACGCCGCCAUCUCCAAGCUGCUGGACCGCAACCAGGACGCCACUGAUGACACGGAGCUACAGAACAUGAACGAGUACCUGAGCUCCUUCAAGGUGGCCCAGUAUGUCGUACGUGAGGAGGACGGAGUGGAGGAGGUGGAGCGGGAGGUCAUCAAGCAGGAGGAGAACGUGGACCCCGACUACUGGGAGAAGCUGCUGCGGCACCACUACGAGCAGCAGCAGGAGGACCUGGCACGCAACCUGGGCAAGGGCAAGCGGAUUCGCAAGCAGGUCAACUACAACGACGCCUCCCAGGAGGACCAGGAGUGGCAGGAUGAGCUCUCAGACAACCAGUCGGAGUAUUCCAUCGGCUCCGAGGAUGAGGAUGAGGACUUCGAGGAGAGGCCCGAGGGGCAGGGUGGCCGGCGACAGUCCAGGAGGCAGCUGAAGAGCGACAGGGACAAACCUCUGCCCCCUCUGCUGGCUCGAGUUGGCGGCAACAUUGAGGUGCUGGGCUUCAACGCCCGGCAGCGCAAGGCCUUUCUGAAUGCCAUCAUGCGCUGGGGCAUGCCCCCACAGGACGCCUUCAACUCCCACUGGCUGGUGCGGGACCUGCGGGGCAAGAGUGAGAAGGAGUUCAGAGCCUAUGUGUCCCUCUUCAUGCGGCACCUGUGUGAGCCGGGGGCGGACGGCGCAGAGACCUUCGCGGACGGCGUGCCCCGGGAAGGCCUGUCCAGGCAGCACGUGCUCACGCGCAUCGGGGUCAUGUCAUUAGUUAGGAAGAAGGUCCAGGAGUUCGAGCACGUGAACGGACAGUACAGCACUCCUGACCUGGUCCCCGAAGGGCCCGAGAGCAAGAAGCCAAACGAGGUCAUCUCUGACCCCAACACGCCAGUGCCCGCCAGCCCCGCCCACCUUCCGCCAGUCUCACUCGGCCUGCCAGACAAAGUGGAUGCCCAGCCAGGGUACAUGGACGAGAAGGAGCUGGGGACACAGGAGCCAAAGAAGGCCCUGGAAACCCAGGUGCUGCCGACUGCCCUGGAGAGCGAGGACAGCAAGGAGAGAGCCUGGGAGGAGCGGCCGGAGGAGACAGACAAGGCCCAGCCCUCCCCGGAGCAGCUGCCAAAAGAGGAAGCCCUUCCCCACAAGGAGAAAGCCCUGGACAGUCUGGAGCUGAGCCUGCUCCACAGCAGGGGGGACAACAGUGACUUCAGGCCAGCCGGCACCAAGCCCGAGGAGAAGGAGCCGAGUGAAAUGCAGCAGAACGGUGACAAAGAGGAAGACGAGGAGGGGAAGAAGGAGGACAAGAACAGGAAGUUCAAGUUCAUGUUCAACAUCGCGGACGGGGGCUUCACAGAGCUGCACACGCUGUGGCAGAAUGAAGAACGAGCUGCCGUGUCCUCGGGCAAGCUCUACGACAUCUGGCACCGGCGCCAUGACUACUGGCUACUGGCGGGCAUUGUCACGCACGGCUACGCCCGCUGGCAGGACAUCCAGAAUGACCCACGCUACACAAUCCUCAACGAGCCCUUCAAGUCAGAGAUCCACAAGGGCAACUACCUGGAGAUGAAAAACAAGUUCCUGGCCCGCAGGUUCAAGCUGUUGGAGCAGGCCCUGGUCAUCGAGGAGCAACUCCGCAGGGCCGCGUACCUCAACAUGACCCAGGACCCCAACCACCCAGCCAUGGCCCUCAACGCCCGCCUGGCCGAGGUGGAGUGCCUUGCUGAGAGCCACCAGCACCUGUCCAAGGAGUCCCUGGCCGGGAACAAGCCUGCCAACGCCGUCCUGCACAAGGUCUUGAACCAGCUGGAGGAGCUGCUGAGCGACAUGAAGGCCGAUGUGACGCGCCUGCCCUCCAUGCUGUCCCGCAUCCCCCCGGUGGCCGCCCGCCUCCAGAUGUCUGAGCGGAGUAUCCUCAGCCGCCUGACCAAUCGCGCUGGCGACCCCACCAUGCAGCAGGGCGCUUUCGGCUCCUCCCAGAUGUACAACAGCAACUUUGGGUCCAAUUUCCGGGGCCCUGGACCGGGAGGGAUUGUCAACUACAACCAGAUGCCCCUGGGGCCCUAUGUGACUGAUAUCUAG